GAGACUAAGCCUGAGGAGACCAAGCCCGAGGUCGCCCCUGCCGCUGAGGCUGAGGGCAGCGCCGACAAGCCCGUGACGUCCUCGUCCGUGUUCUCCAUGUUUGGUGGUGGCGCCAAGAAGGAGAAGAAGGACGAGGAUGAGGAUCGCGGCGAUAACUCGGGCAGCGCCAAGGCCCAGCGAGAGGCCAAGGGUGAUGAGGAUGCCCCCGAGUCCGAGGAUGUCCACUUCGAGCCCGUCAUCAAGCUGACCGAGAAGGUCGAGACCAAGACCAACGAGGAGGCCGAGGAGCAAACCUUCAAGAUGCGCGCCAAGCUCUUCAAGUUCGUCAAGGAGAGCAGCGAGUGGAAGGAGCGUGGUACCGGUGACGUCCGCCUGCUCAAGCACAAGGAGAACGGCAAGACCCGACUCGUCAUGCGCCGAGACAAGACCCUCAAGGUCUGCGCCAACCACUACAUCGUGCCCGAGAUGAAGCUCUCCCCCAACGUUGGCUCCGACCGCAGCUGGGUGUGGAACGCCGCCGCCGAUGUCAGCGAGGGCGAGCCCGAGGCUGUUACCCUGGCUAUUCGAUUCGCCAACUCUGAGAACGCCAACCUCUUCAAGGACUCUUUCAUGAAGGCCCAGAAGGAGAACGAGGAGAUCUUCAACAAGGCUCAGGAGGCC